AUGGAAGAGCGCCGCCAGCGCGCCAUCACCAACCGCCAGCAGUUCGAGCCGCAGAUCCACGAGCAGAUCCACCGCCUCUUCCAGGACUACGAGGCGCCCCUCUACGCGCGCCUCCGCGGCUUCGGCCGCGCCCAGACGCUGGCCCUCGCCGAGUCCACCGUCCUGUCCCUCGCCGCCGUCAACAACCGGCCCUUUGCCGACUCGGAGACGCAGGCCCUCACCGAGCACUUCCUCUCCAGCGUGCACAACCUGCUGGCCUGGAAGUGGGCCAUGACCGGCUUCGCCGCGUACCUGGCGUAUCGCGGCCGCAGGACCUGGCGCUUCCCCUUCUUCACGCCCGAGUUCAAGCGCUUCAGCCCCAUUGGCGGCACGCCCGGCGUCAAGUUCAUGUGGCAUAGCGCCCGCUUCGCCGCCUACUACGGCACGAUCUGGGUUCUCGGCGAGCCCGUUUUCCAGGGCGCAAACUUCAUGCGGCAGCGCGCGGCCAUGGAGCAGGAUCCUAGGCUGCGGUCGCUGUUGCAUGACGGCAAGUCUCAGGGCGCAACGCUGUUUGGAGGAGGAGGAGGAGGAGGCAGUCAGGAGAACCGCGAGCAGACCAGCGACGCUUGGGAGUCGGAGGCGCAGCAGGAGAGCGCGAGCCAGUACAGGGAGCUUGGGCAACAAAGCCAGAGCACUCCGGCACAGUCCUCCUGGGCCUCAUGGCGCAGCCCCACGGCAUCAUCAUCAUCACAGCCCUCACAGCCCUCGGCUUCAUGGGAUGCUCCUGUAGGAGACGACUUUGACGACGCCUCCCCCCUCGCCCCCUCCGCAAGAAGCACCUCAGAUUCAUCAUCAGGCAGCGCAGGCUCGGCGUGGGACCGCAUCCGCCAACAGGCGCAAUUCCAGCCCCCUUCCCAGCAGGGCCGGCAGACGUGGGAGAAGCCCCAGUCCGGAGGCGGAUGGGCUGCGGAAGCUGAUUCUGGCAUGCAAAGCGGCUCUCGCGACAGCUACUCUUUUUCCAGGGCUGAUGAGGAGAAGAGUCUUGCGAAGGAGCAGGCGCAGCGCGAGUUUGAUCGGUUGUUGGAGCGGGAGAGGGCUGGCGCUGACCAGGAGAAGAGGCCGUGGGGUGGGAGAUGA